CUAGAUUCAUGUAUAUUAUGCUGGGUCAUGUCUACUUGAACUUGAAUAUAGGACUGGCAACAUAAGUACUACUAGUGUCAGAAACGAAAAAUGGCGCACCAAUUCUUUGUUUAGAUGCGUCAAAUGGUGUGACUCUGAUAGCCACUAAUCUUAAUAUUCUUAAUCUCGUUUAUACAAGUUUCAAAUGCAGUUUCACGUUUAUUAGAUGUAAAGCCAUAUCAAAUAAUUGCUUUGAUGAUGUCAGAGGAAAAAGUAAUACAAAUGGAGAAGUUGGACGAAGUGACCCCCACUGUCAAUACAAGUAAGGAAUCAGAAGCUGAAAAUAUUGAUGCAAUUAAAAAAUAUAUUCAAGAGCAAGAAUUUAUUUUAAGCUGUUCAUCUGAUAAGGAUGGUGUGAGCCAAAUAAUAAAAGAUACAUAUAAAGGAGAUAAUCAAAACAACUUAGAUUUAGAACUACAACUUACAUUGUCCAAUAAUUCUGAUAUUGCCACAAACAAUUGUGAGAUAAAACAACAGACCUACAAGAUUGGUUCUGAGUCUGUAUACAGUGAAGAAACUACAAUGACAGCAUCACCAAAUCCAUCAUCAAAUGAUUCCUUAUUAGAACUAGAGAAUGAAGAAACUCUUGCUAAUCAAGCAGCUGCAAAUUUACUGUCCUUGGGUCAAAACUGUCUAAAAAUGCAAAUAAAUGUAAAACAACAAAAGUGUUCAGAUGGAAUCAUACAAACCAAUGCUCAUGUAUGUACAUUUAAUUCCAAUAUAAAUAUUGAUGGUAAUUUUCAAAAUAAAGAAUUGCAUGAUAAUUUAGAACUGCAAAAAGGACCUGAGCGAAAUGACAAAAAUAAUAUUGAAUUGAAUAGUACAAAUAUAAGUCCUAAGAAUUCUGAAGAUGGUUUAAACCUGAGCAAAGAAGAAACAAAACUACAAAAGUUAGAAAUUCAAGAUGGUAAUCAAAAGUUGCUAAAUUUGUCUGAAUUAGAAAAUAAAAAUAGGUUUCCUAAAGUUGAGACUUGUCAACCAUCCAACUUACUGCAUAAACUACUAACUUGCACCAAUAACUCUAGUAGUGAAAUAAACAAUUCAAAACUACUAACUUGUACCAAUAACUCUAGUAGUGAAAUAAACAAUUCAAUUUUCUUGGAUAACAAAACAGUACAAGAAAAUAGAGAACAUGGUGAGGAAUCUUUGUCCGUAGCAACAAGUGUAAUGGAUAUGAUACUUAAUAAUACAGAAGUGGCCAUAAGUAAGAAAAAUGCUGGUGCUUUAUCCAAACAAUGUUUUAGUCCUGAGAAAGCCAACUCCAGCGUUUCUCUAGCAAUUGGAUCAAAAGUAGAAGCCAAAGAUUUCUGUGAGCUGUGGCAUCCUGCUCAGAUAGUAGAAGUGGACUGUGAAGAAAUGGAAGUCUUGGUACAAUAUGACAAACAACCAAAAAUGCACAAUGAAUGGAUAAGCAUAAGCAGCCCAAGAUUAAGACCUAUAAGCAGUAUAGUAACAAAGCCAACAUCGCCUCCGCACACACCCGUUUCAGAAGUGCUCAUGGAACCUAAAGCAGAAGACAAAAUGAAAGUGACCUUUGCUGUAGGAGAACGAUGUUUGGCUCGAUGGAGGGACAACCGCCGAUUCAUUGCAACAGUUCAAAAUGAUUUGGGAAAUGGUCAUUAUGAAGUUAUGUUUGAUGAUGGGUUUCAAUGGAAGUGCACUUUAUCGAGAAUGUACAAGCUUAAGGAAUCCAACGGGCAUCAGGAUUAUCCUCGGUUUGGAGCUGGGACCGCGUCGCCGCUCGUCGCCGCGCCGCAGGCUGCGACGCUGAACGCGCCGCCCGCGGCCCCCACGCCCCCCGCGCCUGCCGCGCCUCCUCCCUUGUACCAUACUCACCUGUUUGACCCGACCCGUGAUUACCUAGGUUCUAAAAGCGAACGGCGUGAGAUGAAGCGAAAGCUGAACAUAAAAGAAAUAUUCAAUAUUGGUCAGAAACGAAAAAAACUACCAACAGUAGCCAAAGAGUCGAAAAAUACUGUGGCUUCCGUAAAAGAAGAAAUUAAAUAUGAAGUAAAAUCUGAACCUGGUACUUUAUCACAUGAAAUUGCUCCAGCAGCAGAACCUCCCUUAAAGGAAACCAAAUCUGAGUUACCAGUAAAAAAAGUUAUAGCAAAGAAGCCACCUGUUAAGAAGAAAACACUUGGAAAGAAAAAAAUAAAAUUGAAAAACAUUGAUGGCAAAUCCGUAGUUUCUUCAUCAAAUGAUAUUAAGAAAGAAAAAAUACCAGAAGCUGUUGCAUCUAUUAUUGGUACAGUGUGCAACGCUGAACCUGAAAUCAAAGUUAAAAUUGAGCCACCUGCUGAAGAAGUCAUGGAUUCUAAUGCUGAUGACAUAAAGCCUGAUGACCUGUCAAACGCAUUAAACAUAUGUAAUACAGAGGUUAAACAGGACCUCGAUAUCGUAAUGGAAGAGGAAACACAACCAUUUGAAAUUCAAGAUGGAGUGAAGCACGAAGAAGUCAUUGGUAAAAUUAAGGAAGUGAUCACUAAGUUAGAGGAUGGCAUAAAUGAAGUGGAAAAGAAAGAAAUAAAACCUGAAGAAGUUAAGGAAAAAAUAAUAGUGGAAGAUGUUCAGCUGGUUGUAAAACCGGUCGAAACCAAUGGUAAAGAAAAGCAAAAGAAAUUGAAAAGUUCGUCGAAAGUAAAAAAAGGAAAGAAAUUGAGGUUGAUGCAAGAGAAAAAGGUUAAAAAACAAGUGGAGAAGGUUAAGUGCCAGUUGGAGGAGAUGAAAAAGCAGGUGGAGGCGAUGCGGCAGGAGAUCAUGCUUAAAACGGAGGAGCUAGCGAGCUCGCGGCGCGGCGAGUGCGCGGCGCCCGAGGCCGCGCUGCUGCCCGGCGAGUGGUGCGCGCGCUGGGUGGACGGCCAGCCCGAGGGCGCCGUCAGCGAGGCGCCCGCCAGCGGGGACUCGCCGCUCCCGCGCCGCAGCGUCAUGGUAGAGGACAAGCGGUUGCCGCCGGGCUGGACGAAACACAUGGUGCGCAGGAGCCUGGGCAGCUCGGCCGGCAAAUGGGAUGUAGUUUUAGUGAGCCCGGAAAAUCGUAGACUUCACACAAAGAGCGAUAUGCGGGUGUACCUAGAGAACAACCCGCAGCCGGCGCUAAAGCCCUUUGAGGCCGCUCUGAUGGACUUUGGCAUCCACCUGAAGCUGUCUCGGCGGCUCGGCUGGGUGCGCUCCACGGCCGAGGGCGCGCCGCCGCCGCCGCCGCCCAGCCGCGACUUGCCCGCGUCCUCGCCGCUGCUCAAGCGCUCCAAACUAAGCCUCAACAAGAAACACCACAAGUUAUUGCACCACAAAAAGCGACCCCGGCUGAAAAUCAAACCUUUGCGACCACCCCCGGUUUCAGCUGCACCCGGCUUGCAGCAGAAUUAUAAGGAAACCAAUGUGUGUUCUGAGCCAAGUAUAGCUGAGGAAGCUGUUCUUGAUGGCGCCAGUAUUAAAGAUGGAUUCGUUGAUGUUGGUUCGUUAAGAGUUCAAGUUAUUGCGACUCUGCUACGAUGUCCAGCCGAAGGGUGUUUUAAGAAUUUCCGAAAUACUACCUUACUAAAAAUGCAUAUCAAACAUUAUCAUAGGGAGCUCCGAAAGUCCAUGGGAAAUACUCCCAAAGUUUUAGAUUUAGCUUACGCCAGGACCAGGCCGACCGAAGCGGAAAUGAACCUGUUAAAACGUGAAGCGCAACAGAGGGUUGUUAAAGUAAAGCUGCCACGGCUACACAAGCGGGUGGAGGCGCCGACACCCGCCGCGCCGCCGGAGCCCGCGCCCGCGCAGCUGCCGCCCGCCGAGCCCGCCGCCGCCGAUGUCCCGCCCCGUCCCGACGACUCGCCUAAGCUACGGGACGCGCUCGCCAUAAAGCCGGCCAGGAGACCCCGCGUGUUGCUGCCUGUGCGCACCAAAGAACCGGAGCCGACGUUAGACACCGAGAAUGUCGCGGCCGACGCGCCUCUGCCUCUCGUCAAAUUAGAAAACGCCGAAACCGAAGACGAUCUACUUGUGCCGAAACAAGAGAUACUCGAUUGUGGCGCCUUGGACUUUGAAACAGCGAUAUCGACGCACACCGUAGCGAAAAUGGUGAACGGCAACAGGAGUAAAAGCGAGAAGAGGCGUAAGACUUUCGCUUGUAUAGGGAAACUGGCAAGCGAGGACGAGGAUUGGGCGGGUGGCUCCUCAGACACGCGCUCCAGCUACCCGAGCUGCGGCACGCCCGACUCGGCGCGCGCCGACCCCGACGACCCCGCCCCCGCCGACGACAACCACUCCGCCGCCGCGCACCUCUACAUGUACACUGAGAACGGUGAGCGCAUCAAGCUGGUCCGCAUGAAGCGUGAGGAGAUCAUCAACUGCCACUGCGGGUUCCGCGAGGAGGACGGGCUCAUGGUGCAGUGCGAGCUGUGCCUGUGCUGGCAGCAUGCGCUGUGCCACAACAUACAGCGGGAGGCCGAGGUGCCCGAGAAAUACACGUGCAGCAUCUGCCUGAACCCGCGUCGCGGGCGGCGACGGCAGCGGUUCAUGCACGACCAGGACCGGCUGUACGAGGGGCUGCUGCCGGGCCCGGGCGGCGGCCGCGCCUGCGACGCACUGCGCCGCUCGCACGAGCUGUCCGGCAACCUGCUGCGCAUCGAGGACGCGCUGCACGCCGUGCGCGUCAACACGCGCGUCGCACAGACAAAGAACCAUCCGAAAUUGUACCUGUGGGCCAGAGAUUGGGAAUCUGUUGAAUUAUCCUUCGCCCAAGAAAAACUAAACUCAGAGUAUUCAGACCUGAAUGUGAUCAUCAAUAAUUUGGGAAAAGAGAACUUGCCUAUUAAAGCGGAGGAUUUAAAAGAAAUGGCCAUAGAUAUGAAGACUCCUUCUGCUGAUGAACCCGAGGAAAAACAUAGCCCAAUGGAAAAAGAUAAUCAAAUAGGACCUCAGGCCUUACUUAGCGGGUUGCUGUCGAGUCCCAGCGUGGCGUCUCUGGAGCUGCCCAUCAGUGAAUCCGAACUAGAGAAGCUGGCUAAAUCUGUGCAUGAGCACGAGAGCAGGGCGCGGGUACGCGCGCCGCAGCCCGAGGCCGCCAUCGAGAACAGCGCGUGCCGAGCGCGCCUGCUGCGCCACAUCCAGCGCUGCCACGCGCUGCUCGACCAGCGGCUCGACUCCAUCGAGGCGCAAGUCGCAGAGCUAGAGUCCCAAGACGCGUCGCUCGAGGACGACGAGUCGCCGGAGUUUUGCCCGCGCGCCAAGCAGGCGCUGGUGAUGAUCUCGCGCGACCUUGACGCCAUGGAGGAGCUCGGCAUCGUCACCUAACACGCGCCGCCCGUGGCCCCCGCGGCCCCCGCCGCCUCCGCCGCCGUCCGCGCGGGCUAGCCGAGGCGGAAAUGCGCACUAGCGGGUUUGGCGACGCGGCUACACCACCAGUGGCGGUUGUUGCUCGUGUUUUCCAUUUAAUGACAGGACACUAUUAAUUUUGGGUUCUACCACAAAGUUGUUUCUACUGGUAACUACUGGGAUUUUUUUUACUAAUAAAAGUUGUAAAAAAUCCCAGUAGUUACCACUGGUUAGAACUUGGUGGUAACAAUGGGAAUAACCUUAAUUUUGUAUCGUUUUCGUUUCGGUCAGUGUUGGGUCAAACGAAUCAGUCUAGCGAAAUUUAAUUGAAAUCCUAUAGGAAUCAUAACGUUAAUGUGACCCUCAAUCGGUUUAAAGAGGUAAAGGCGCACUAUAACGAAAAGGAUAGUAUAAACAUUUACGUUGUUUGCCAUUAACAAUACUAAAAGUGAUGACAUUGUCGAACGGGCUAGUCACUGCCAGAGUAGUGCAACGGAGACAGGCGGCGGUGCACCCACGGAACUAGAACCGAACGACAUCAUAGACCGGCUGUACGAGUAUUAAAAAGGUCAAAUGAUUACGGCCAAGGAUUAAUUUGCAAGACAGCGAUGUGUCAGUGUAAAAAUAAUAUUAUUAUAUAAAAUGGCUCAUCGAAAAUUGUAACUCUGCUCACCACUUGGUCAUGGUCUUGUCGUAUUUGUAGGAAUUAGAAACGAUAGGUUAAAAUAAAUGAUGUGCAUCAAAUGCAAAGCGAAGUGCUUUUAGUUAUACCAACCAGCUGAAUUGUCGGCACCUAAAUGAUUUAGUUAGUCUGUAACAGGCGCUGAAUUAACCAACAUAAGGCAGCAGACAACACAAAGGUUACCUGUGAAUAUUAAUAAAGAUAAAUUCUGUAUCAUAAAUGAUAUCACCCAGUGGAUGAAGUGAAGUAUAGUGAGAUUUUUCUAACAUCACAUAUUUGACACAUGACAUUUGAUGUUUGAAGUGAUGUGGCUAAGACAACAUAAUAUGUCAAAUCCAGCAAUCGGAUCGAUUACAGUUACGAUUUGUGAGAUCGAAUCGAUUACCUAUAUAAAAAUCAAUAUUAGGAACCUGCACAGCAGUCAUACAUGCAAAUUAUACUGCUAGUGACUACUUAGUAUUAGCAAAAUCAGGCAUUUUUAGAUCCAAAGUCAACUAAAUUCAAAUACAAGCUAAGUCAAAGUCCAAAAAUACGAGCCAAGGUAACCAGAUGUGAAAGAGAAGAAUCCAAAAAUAAAGCCAGGUGAAAAAUACGAAAAGAAACGGAAUAUGCGCACAGUAAGGCGGAGAAACUUCGACAGACUGCGCAUUUGACAUUUGACAAACGAAUGAUUUUGACGUCAAAUUUGAUCCGCUCAGAAAUCGACAUUUUUUGCAAAUCGUACGGUAAAGAUCUAUUAUUAUAAUGGAUUUUUAAAAGUAUUUGUUUAAGUUAAUGUUUUCUUAGUUAUAAUACCUUAUUUUUGUAUUUUCUGUAGGUUAUAAAUAUAUCGAUUUUAUCGAUUAUCUUUAACUUACGAAUAUGUUACCCGAAUCGAAAAAAAUGAUUUGACCACAACGCUGGUUUUAAAAAAAAAGACCCUUAGGACGUAAACGUUUGUGCAGUGAUUUAUUAUUGUUAAAUACUUCAGAUAUACGAUGUGAAAAAAAUAACUAUAAGCAUAAUUACAUUCAAAAAGUGAGUGUAGUUUAAGUGGAAACGAAAGACAUAUUAUAAUUGCGUGGUUUUGUUUUUAAUUAUGUGAAUGGAUCAUACAUAUUUACAUUAUAUGGGUGCUGUCAUGUGUCAAAUAUGUGAUGUUAGAAAAAUCUCACUAUAGUUGUUCGUCGUUGCUGCAUAUUUUUGUACAGGCCAUAGCCGCAUUAGGAAUUAGGAUAAGUUAAGUAGUCGUUCCCCAACCUAAUGAACUUUCAGUUUGUGGAAGUGCCUCCGCUGCCUUGUGCGGGUGCGCGAAGCGGGUUUAGCGCGACUGGCUUUACUUGCGAUGGUAUACUUGAAUAAAUAUAAUUUGCACCGAUGAAUGUUAAAGCUAGCUAAACAAUCUUGAUGUCACUUAUUUUUCUAUAUUUUAAUUACUAAGUUUUCCUGGUUCAACAAUUUGGUACAAACUUUUCAGUUCAUAUAGUUAAUCAAAUUAAAUAUUUAAUCUAAAGAACCAUGCAUCAGAAUGAUUCUGAGUGAGUGGUUGGUGAAGGUUUCAUUUGCAUAACGUAUUAAUAUUAAUUCAGACACGACACACAAUAGUACAUUGUGUAUUAAGGGCGGUAAACAAGAAUUUACGAACAAGUGUUAAUUAAGCCCGAAGCCGAAGAUUAACACGAGUUCGUAAUCUCGUACCGCCCGUGGCACACACAAUGUAUUUCAUCACAUUUGUGGUUUAAAAAAAAUUAAGCGAAAUAAUUCUUAAAUACGGUGACAUUUCAAACGUUCGUCCGCCAUUUUAUCAUUUUUAUUAUGCCAGGUUAGGCAUCGAAGGCACAGCUCCAUCUGACAUUCAGCCACGAUUGAAAAAUGUGUAAAAAAUAUUUUGAAUGGCUAUUAUUCUAUUAAAUGUAUCAAAUGAAAUAUUUCAAACAAAAAAAUUAUAAAUUAUAAAUGUCUGUAUUUUAAAAGUAAACUCAUUUAUAUCAACUUGGUUCGUAUGAAUUAGAGACAUGAUUAAAAAAAUAUGUUCAUGGGCAUAAUGAAAUUAAAUAAAAACAUCUUACCGCCCGUGUGCAUACUAUAAUUAAUAUAGCUCAUUCCAUCUCAGUAUGCUGGCAUACAAUAGUACCGUUUACGAGCAAGUGGGAUGAAAAGUAUCAUAACUAGUUUUUUUUUAUGAUUCAGGAGGCAAACGAGCAGACGGAUCACCUGAUGAUGGUUAGUUAGUUAUUUAUAUACUUUAGCGCUCUUUUGUCUCUUUGUAUUAAACGCCAUAACCUGUACUUAUAAUACCAUGUAUAAAUUGUCUUUAGUCGCCAUUAGGCAAACGAGAAAUGAGUACGUGCUAACGAGCUCGUACACCGAAAGAGAAAAUCUUAUGAUUAACGACGAUUAUGACAGAGAUGAAAUAAAUAUGGAAGUAUUUUUUGUGCUCCUAAUGUUGUAUGUGUAUAACCUAUUUAUAAUGUCAUUGUUUGUAUUCGUAAAGAUAAAGUUUUAUGACUGAUCGGUGCAAAUUAUAACCGCUCUAGACAGCGAAGCCACUAGGGAUAAUGAUUUUUGAUAGAAACUGGAUCGCCAGCGACGGGCCCGCUCACGUGUGAGGCCUUGGUCUCUGAUUGAUGCCUUACGCUAUGAUGAGUCAUGUUCUAAACAAAUGUUAAUGUAAUAAGCUGCAAACAAAUUAGUUACCGAUAUUUAAAGAGAUGGUACUUUACAUUAAAUCUAUUAACAUGAAAUAUAAAUUCAGAAAGCCAUCCAUAUCAUUUUUUGUGUUUAUUUACCUCACUUAAAAAAUAAAUAAUUAAUUUAUCUAAAAAUAAGCAUCAUGUGCAAACUGACAAGAUGUUUAACACUUUCUGUCAUAUCAACAAUAUUGUUUGUCUUAAAUUUCAUAAUGAUUGUCGUGGAGAUUCCAGAUGGUGAAGACAUCUCGAGAAUAUUUUUUUUUUGUUUUGCUCAUUAAUGUUGUUUAAAGUAUAAUAUUAUGCAGUGAACUAUCGUGGAAGUAUACAGCAAAUGAAAAACUAGUCUUAAUCAACAUCCGGCAAUCCUGGCUUUUAGUAAAGUCCAGCUAUCUCUUUACUGCAAACAACUACCGAUCGACGUCAUACUUAAACGCUACUGCUAGGUUUAAUGGAGGCUAUAUUUAAAAAUAAGAAAUUUCAUAAUCAACGUGUCAUUUGAUUUAUCAAUGAGGUCUCAUUUAAUUAUCCCAGUAACUGGGUGUUUUACGUAACAAAUUCGUUUUUCAAUUUUCCCCAAAAAAACAUCAUGAAACCUAUAAUAUUUCAUACUUAAAUAUACUCCGCGAGCCGAGUACUAUCAGCUGUAACAAUAUUGGUAACUAAUUGGUUAGCACCUUAUACAAGGUGGGCAAAAGAAAUGUGCAUUCCCGUUGCCAGGGAGGUUUUGGGUUUGGGUUUGAGGACCAUCCCCGAAAUCGCGAAAAAAAAAGUACCCUCUCAUAGAAAAUGGACCAGCUAAAAUGUAUGAAACAGCCAAGAAAUGUUUUCGCGAUUUCGGGGUUGGUCCCAUAGUAAAUAAGUUGCUCAGUAUAAGCCCAAAAUCUCCCUGGCAACGGGAAUGAUUGGAAUUAACAUAUUUUUUGGCCACCUUGUAUAUCCUCUAUUGGUCAUAUAGGCAGCAUCAAUAACAGCGUUUGAAACAACGCACCAAGUAUCUACCACACUCGAAUACUUUUCCGAAUAGCGAUACUUCGACAGUUCGCGUUCAAAAGUAUCUGCAACAGUUUGCUCCAAAUAUGGAUCAAUAUCUCUUUUUGGAGCGAAUUUCCUUAUCGCAUGGUAUAGACUGGGCGGAUGGGUUUAUGCGAAAAAAUGUGUAAGUUUUCCGUCACGACCCUUUCUUAACCGUUCCAACCGAGUGUUCCACGAGACUCGCGUAUUUUUUUGUAAAGCUAUUAGUGAUUGGUGGAUACUUUUGAUGCUUAACCUGAGACGCUACUUUUGAUGCUGGCUGUACAAUGUAACGAUGUACUAUGUAAUCCCAUGCGAUAGCAAACUAAUCAACUGACUGGGGUUGGAAACCAGUUUUAAAUGAUUAAUAUUUAAUAUAUUUGAACAGUACAAGUACAUAUUUUAUUUUAUGAAAGAUUUAAAUAUUGAGUUUAUGAAAUAAGUGGCAUUUAACUGAAUUUAGAAACUGACACGCAAAAAAUAUUGCGUAUUAUAGUCGCAGAACAGCUGAUUUUUGGACUUGUCGAUUAUUUAUUAUUGUUUUCCUUGUAUUUUGUACGACCGGAAUAAUGAAGUUAAAUCGUAUUGUUUGACAAAUAUUCUACAGAUUUGUUACACGUGUUAAUUUAAUUAUACCUAUCCUAUUGGCAUGAUGUCGUUUAAUGGGUUUAUAUGAGAUAUCACCAGAAACAAUUUAUUGCAUUUUAAUUAUUUUGAAUAAGGAACUGUUUCGUUUAUGACUCCCCUUGCAUACACAUGUCUAAGACGCAAUAGAAUUCGUAUUUCUCUGCAGUAGACUGUACAGUCGAGUUCAUAAAUUGGUUGACUGGUAGAGAAUGCCUUAAGGCAUUAAGUCCGCCAUUUGUACCUUCAUGUAUUGUGCAAUAAAGAUUAAAUAAAUAAAUAAAUAAAUAUAUGAGCAAAUCCAAGGCUUCAAAAAUAAAUGAGCAUAGAAAGGUACAUAUGCAUAUGAACAGAUUAACCAGUCAAAAAUAUGUACACAUAUCACCUGUCAUAUUAAUCUAAGCAAGUAUCACAAUAAUAUGUAAGCAACUGAAAACUGACAAAUAUGUACUGUACAAAUAUUUUUCAAAAUUAUUUAACCAAGUGAAAGUACACAAAUACCUACGCAAAAGUUUUUUCCAAAUAUUUAUAAGCAUGUAGUGACACAAAAAAUAUCUGUACUAACAUUUUACAAUUUUAUGUGAACACGUAGAAGUUCAUAAAUAUCGGAUUAAAACUGAAUAAAUAUAUCACCUGGUUCUUACGGCCUACCUAUCAAAAUAUAUAAUAGGCUUAAGUUAGUCUUAAGUUUAGACAUUAUAAGUUACUCUGUUAUUAUAUUGUAUUUUGACAUGACGUGUUUGAAAUGCUCGGGAAUUCUGUACAUAUUUGAUAUAGGAAUAAAUAUUAUUCAUUCAAUAUUCAAUGCUGCGCAAAUUAAUCACAAUUUGUAUAUGUUAUUAUACAUAUAUUAUUAUACUCUUACAACAACCCCCUUAUUAUAUAUUUCUGUGUUCUGUAUAGAAAUAAAUAAUUUUAAUUUUUAAAUUUUCAUUUAUAAAACUUUUCGAGCCUGAUUUAGUUAAAUUAUGUUUUAUCCCUUUCUUGCAAAUACAUAAGUCAAAAUGACAGAUAAAGACAAACGAUUCAUAGCUAAUUCAGGCAUGUAACGCGAUUAUGAAUAACGCCAUUAGAUUUUAAGCCCUUUAUUCAUAAAACUUGGCAAACAUCAACAUCAAGAACAGAGCCCCUAGUGUAAAUUUAUUCGAUUUCGAAACGUGACGUACGCGUUUGCGUUAAGUCUCAUUUAGUAUGUAAUUUAGAAACAGCGCGCCAAGUGGGACGUUUUGAAAACUCAAAAUCCCAUACAAAAUGAGACUUAACGCAAACGCGUACGCCACGUUUCGCUAUCGAAUAAAUUUACAUUAGGGGUACUGAUUAUCAUUUUUUAAAUUGUAAGUGGCCAGUCAUUAAAGUUAUAAUAGAUGUAGGAUUUAAUACAAUUAACAAUUAAUAAGAAUUACAGUAAAAUGUGAAUAAAGGUACAAUACAAACUUAAACUAAUUAAAAACUAAAAAUCUAUAUCUAAAGAGGGCCCCUGGGGCAUAGUGCCAAAGAUACUGGCAGCAUUUCCUCGCUGAAUCGCAACAAUUAUUCGUUGAGCGAGGAAGCUGCCAGCUCUUUUGUCUCUUUUUUGUCAUUAAAGUUGAUAACAACCUCUUUUAAGUCGAUCAUAAAUCGAAACCAGCAAGAAUGGGUAAGAAGCCGCAAGCAAACACUUAUGGCACUUCUAUGACUUGACACUUAAAAUGAAAGAGACAAAUGUAUGAUUUGACAGUACGGUACUCUUUUCAAUGAUUGUCAAAUUGUUAAGUCUUAUGUUUGUUUAGAUUAUGGUAGUUUAGAUAUUUACGAACUUAUGUGUUCACAUACAAUUGUUAAACGUUAGUACAGAUAUUUUUGUACCACUACAUGCUUAUAAAUAUUUAAAAAAUCAUUUGUGUACUUUCACUUGGUUAAAUAAAUUUUGCUCUCAUAUUAUUGUGAUACUUGCUCAGAUUAAUAUGACAGGUGAUAUGUACAUAGUUUUGAUUGGUUAAUCUGUUAAGAUGCGUAUGUAUUUUUCUAUGCUCAUUUAUUUUUGAAGCCUUGGAUUUGCUCAUAUAUUUAUGAACUUGACUGUACAAUUCCUAUUCCGUUAGAAUUAGACCAAGCUAAGUUUGCUGCGAUUUUGAUAGCAAAAACUGUGUAAGUCUUAUAUAAUACUUAUAGUAAACGCCAUAAUUUCAUAGAAGAUUGACGUUUAAAAACAACACUGGCACAGCUGUGUUAUUAAAAUCGCGGCCAACUUAGGUUGGCCUAAUUUUGUUGGCAAAAAGUGUUAACGGAAUGGAAAAAACUAUGUGAUGUAUUAAGUGUAAUUUUAAGCCAUUUAAGGCAAUAUUAAUGGCUAUAGUAAUGUUAAAGUUUAAUACUGAGUCAAUAUUAUAUUUUGUUUCCUAACAAGGGAUGUGAACACCGAGUUUUUCUAGAAGGUGGUAAGCAUGUAAAGGAAAUUCAGGUUAUUACUUAAUUUCCACAGCUGUCGUUGGCCCAAUUGAAUCAACUGACAAACGGUUGCCGAGCUACCGCUACCGCAAGGUUUGGCUCAAACGGUAAAGCCCGUCACUGGUGGAGCGAUAAUAUUCUAAUUUCACAAUAGAAUCUAAACUAUCAUCUGAGAAAGUGUCAAACGGGAGGCGAUGACUAAAUUUUUUUACGUCUUUCGGUAGCUGCCAUUCUUCAACCCACCAACGGAGGGUUUAUCAUAUAUAUCCGUUAACCACUAUAUGAGUCAUGUGGGGUAAGGGUAACUUAUUUACUAAUGGAGAGGUGGAAGUUUGUAAUACACUUAGGAGCAAAACUGUCCCAAUAGUAGCAUAUUAUCAGAAUGUGGAGAAGUUGAUGUCGAUCAAGGGGAGAGCACAUAAUUAACACAUAACAGUACUCCUUGAAAUUUUCUACAAAUCCGCCUAACAUGAUGUACUUGGCAUUGGCAAAAUCAUCAUAGAUUUGAAGGAAGCCAUAUUUUAAAAGAAGAAGAAUUAUAUAUGGUUCCCUAUUUGAAGUUUUCAUAGGAGGAACUAGAAAUAUUGGAAAAAAUAAAAAUGUGUUUUUUUUCUACUUUUCGAUUCAAAAUUACAAAAUAACCGUAAAUGCCAAGUACAUCAUAUGUUAGGCCGAUUUUCAGAAAAUUUCAAGGAGUACUGUUAUGUAUUAACCAUGUGCCCCUCCCCUUGAUCGACAUCAACUUCUCCACAUUCUACUAAUAUUUAUGCUACUAUUGGGACAAUUUUGCUCCUAAGUGUAUUUGUAAAAAAAUUUAAGAUAUGUUGGUGAAGACUUAGUCUAUGCAAAAAAAAAUCCAGAUGGAAUCAUUCGUUUACAAACAAAAAGAAUAUUUAAAAUCCAGUACUGUUAAGGUAAAAUUUGUCGUCAAGAUGAAAGUUGUUACAAGUAAAUGAUUUUUUUUCCUGUUAGUAAUGUUUUUAAGCCUUUUAUUCAGUAUAACAUUUGAAGUUAUGUUAUGUCGCAAUAAAGUUCGCUAAAUGUUAUCAACAUUAGUCUGCUUACAAUAAUAAAAAAAAACUACAAAUAUCAUUUAGCUGCGCACACUUACCCGAAGUAUGGGCUAAGUGCGCGCAUUUUGAGCUGAUUGAAUUAAAGCGAUUUUUCUCCGGAGUGUCAAGAUUUUAGUGGUUUUUCUUGAUUUAAUUAUUACCUUAAUAAAUGCUUUACCUGAUACAUAUAUUCAUUUCCCUUCCAUACUUAUUGUUUAAUUUUAAUACUAGUUUGAAAAAAAAGUGCUCACACUUGCCCCACAGACUUUUCGAUUUGUCCAUGUCUGUCUAGCACUUACAUUGUGAGAGAGACGAAAAUAUACCGAGCUAUAUAUCGCAAGGUAUCUUAAGAUGCCUUGCUAUAAGAUAUCAUAAGAUACCCAAAUAUAUAUCAUAGCUUGGUGUGUGGACUCUAUCAAAUGGUACGUAAAAUAUGUCGUAAGAUGCCUUGUUAUAUCUUUUGGUAUAUUAUCGCUCUGUCUGUGACGGGCUUAACACAUUGACAUAUAUAUCUAAGGACGGGUCUUAUGGGCACUAAUAAUGGCGCUAGUUCAGUGGUGUCACUCUCGAAUUCGAGCCAAUCAUGUAGUUUAACGGAACUAGUUGCGACCAAUCGCGCGCGUGGUGCGAACUCAUCAACCAAUCACGUUGCGGCGUUAAACUGCACGAUUGGCUCGAAUUCGUGUGUGUGACACCGCUGUACUGGCCCCAUUCUUAUUGUUCGUAAGGCCCGUCCUUAGAUAUAUAUGUCAAUGGCUUAACAUUACAAUAGGUGGUACAACGACUACAUGACUAAUCCCAAGAAAAACCCUAGCCAGGUGUACCUCGUAAUGUACCUCUACCCAAGAGCUCACAAAUGUGAACCCAAGUCUCCAGCGCUGAACAUUGAACAAGUGGUCGUUGGGUAUUCGGACUUUAUUUGACCAAAAGUAGUUUAUUUAUAGAUCAACUCUUUAGUGUAAGCUUUAAUCAUAACAUGUUAAUACAAUAAUAAUAAUAAUAAUUACAUUAAACUAUUUUCAUAAACAUU